AUGUCGACACCAACCUUCAAACCCCCAAACCGCCCCCUAACCUGGCUGAUAACCGGCAGCUCCUCCGGCCUCGGCCUAGCCAUAACACGCCAAAUCCAAGCAGAUGGCCACAAAGUGAUCGCGACCUCACGCCAACCCUCCCGCACGCCCGAGCUAGUCCGCGAAAUCGAGGAGCAUGGCGGCGAAUGGCACGCGCUGGACGUCGACAACACGACAUCGGGGCCCGCGCUGAUCCACAAACUCGAGGCAGCGGGUGAGAACAUCGACGUGCUGGUUAACAACGCGGGCGCGAUCCUGUUCGGGGCCAUGGAGCAGUUCACGGAUGAGGAGCUACGGGCACCGAUGGAGACGAUGUAUUUCGGGCCGAGUCGGCUGAUUCGUGCAGUCUUGCCUGCGAUGCGGGAAAGGCGGUUUGGUCUUGUUGUUAAUAUUAGUUCGGGGGCUGCGUUGGAUGGGAAGGAGAGUAUGGGAGCUUAUGCGGGGGCUAAGGCUGCGCUGGAUGGCUCCUCGCGCGUCCUCGCGAAAGAAGUCGCCCCCUUCAAUAUCCGCGUCCUGACGGUCUGGCUCGGCACCUUCAACACCAAUAUCGGGAAUGCCUCGGCGCUGGCGCGUAACCCUCUGCCAGACGUGUAUCAGGGGUCCAUGGCGGCGCGCAUGAUGGAUGCUAUUAGCAGUGGCAAUUUCCCAGCUAAUGGUGACAGACUCAAGGCGGCCAAGGCGAUCUAUGAGGUGGCCGUGGGCGAAGGUGGUGGCGCGGGACGGGAGACGGAGCUGUUUCUGCCCAUGGGUGGUGAUAUGAUCUCGCGGGUCGAAGUGGUGCGGGACCAGUGUGUGCGGGCGCUGGAGGUGUUUGGAGAUGUUGCGGCGAGUGUUGGUAUUGAUGCAAAGGCGUGA